GGACAUCAAAUGGAUCCGAUAGCGCAGCUGUUUCAAAUCGGUGAAGACCGAUGUUCCGAGCCAGGCGCAGGAUCACUGUCGUCAUCGCCCAGACGUACCAGGUUUCCUCGAGAUGUUUUCGAGUACAUGAUAAAUAAAGCACGACUGCUUAUACAUUGUAAGUAGAAGGCCUGGCCAAGGCCCAAGUACACGAGCGGUCAGGUCGAGUGCUUAUAAGCGUCCCAUCCAGUAUCAAAUUACUGGUUUCUGGUUGACAUAGUUAAGAUGGGACGUCCUCGAAUUUAUUUCAAUCCUUAUAUGGAUGAGAUUUCUACCCUAUUUCGUCAACAUAAGACCACUGAGACUAUCUGCCCAAAACUCGCCCAUCGCCAUUCGAUUGAGAUCUCAUACAAUACACUUUCCCGGCGCCUACAUAAAUGGGGACUACGCCGCUUACCAUCAAGAUUGCCCACCGCUAGUUAUGAAAUUUUAUGGAUCUCUGAUGCAGAGCUUCUUCCAAGCCUACAUCGCGAGGGUUUCCAAAUAUUCCAUGACGUAUUAAAAAAGCUAUGGCAGAAGCUUGGCCUUCGGCGACGUACGGAUAGCCCUGAGACUCAGCGUAUCCAGGAUAAUCAGAUUACAGGGGUCCUUCGGCAAGAGAUCCAGGAUGGUAGUGUUGAAGGUUAUGGAAGAGGCCUUCUAUAUACCCAUCUUCGCCAAAAGGGCUAUAUCUUUCCGCAGUAA